AUGCUAGGAUUUCCGAAUUAUUUGGCGGGGACGAAAGGGAAGCUUGAAUUUAAUUAUUUCCUCACUCGCAGUCAUGAUUACACCAAGAAACUUUAUCCACCUUUCUACUUAUCAGAUUGCAUGUCUUCGUCUUCUUCCAAUUCGUCUGGUCGCGCAGAGAGAUCGACUCGCUCAAAUAAUAAAGUAGAAUCUCCACGAAAAUCCACUCCUUCUGCCUCACUGUCCUCAGAUUCUCCUGACGACGCAACCGCCGCCGAAGAUAGUUCCUCAACACGUCGAAAGCGAGGUCGAGCUGAUGUGAAUGAUAAGAUAUCAAAAGGACAACCAGUCGAUGAAGACACAGUGAUUGGAGUGGAUGAGGGAGGCGAGGACGAUGAAGCUGUUCGAUGCAUCUGCGGUUACGAUGAAUAUCCUGGGCCGCCGCAACUCGAGGACGAUGAUAAUAAGAACAAUACAAAAGACGGAAUUGAUGAAUCAGUUAUAACAGCAGCGGAUUUUACAGAAGAUUUGGCUGGUUUUUUCUUGCAAUGCGACGUUUGCAAGGUUUGGCAACACGGCGGCUGCGUUGGAAUCAUGAACGAAGAUACAAGUCCCGAAGAAUACUUUUGCGAACAAUGUCGCAAAGAACUACACAGAAUUCGCACAGCGCUAAAUGGACAACGCUACUCGUUAUAUCUUCCCCUUCACCCAAACCUCUCCAGAACGACAUCUCGAGCGGCCUCCUUCUCAAAAGACGGCACUAGAUCACCGAAAGGUGGCAAGAAUGGUCGUCCCACCUCCAGCUCUACAAGCGCAAAGAGGCGCUCAACGAUGAAUAGCAGAGAUGCUGCGUAUGAUGCAGCUGCUGAAGCCGAACAAAUUCGACAAGCCAUAGCAGCUAGCGUAGCAGAAAAUAACUCCGAAAGUGUUGAUGGUCGGAGUCGCAAGGCAAAACGAAGCCGAAGUGAUAGCGAAGAUAGCAAACAUGAAGGACCCAAAAGGCAGCGUACAGACUCGGCUUCUCCUACUCCGGAGGAUGAGGAGAAACCACAAGAGACCCUUCAAAGAUCUGUAUCCCAAGCAGAAUCCGAGGAUAGCGCAAUCAUAGGAAAUGGUCGAUUUGGAGCAGCUAAGAAGAUCAGGGGAGCGGCAGCUAAAAAUCACAGAGAAAAAGAAUUAAGGGAAGAACGAGAACGGUCGAGGCUGGAAGCCGCAAACAAAAGAAAAGGCCGAGCUGAACGUCGCAGGAUUGAAGAUUCCGAGCCCAUUGAAGAAACUCCGCCUGCGAUAAAACCUCCAAGCAAGAAUCCUGAGGUAGCUGCUCAACCUCCAGAUCCGCCUCCAGCAUCACAGGCGAUAGCGCCAGAUACGCCUCCUCCACUUCUACCGCCAGUUUCUCAUAAGAAGGGUGGCAGACCUCCUAAUCCUCGGAAGGGCAAGUCGGGCAAGAACCAAUACACUAAGGACAAAGAUGACAGCAGUAUUCGAUCCCCAAACCGAUCUCAAUCUAGGGAUAUUUCACGUACAGACGAUAAUGGACAUAUUACAAAUAGCAAGGGCUCAAACAACGAGAGUAAAUCCAGUAAAGCAAAGGUAAGCGUAGGAAGCAAAAUUAGUAUGGUCGAGAUGAGGAAACGUGCUGCAAGUAUCCUCGAUUUCAUAUCACGAACUCAAAUCGAACUGGCUGGCGACCCAUCAAUGCUUCCGAGUGGCAGCGGGGCGGAGAAAUACAUUCGAGGACUUGUCGAGGAGACUCUCCCUAUGAUACGACUUAAUGGCGUAAAUGGCGCAGAUGGAAAACAGGCGACUGCCGGCGAAAGCCAUUCACCAAAGGAAUUCAAGGAUUUAACAUGUCUGGAAAUGAUGGACAUUCUUACUAGACAAUUGGUUAAAUGGCAAAAGGAGUAUGCAUGA